GAAGCGGAAUUAGUAUACAUCCACUGACUACUGUGGAGGUUGCAUUGUUGUAAAUGCUUCAUGGCCCCUGCAGAUUUUGGAUUAAACAUACAUCAGGUUUUACUGGUUCCCUGCACGGAUAGCGCUGCUGUAAUCAGUCUGCUAUUUUAUAGGCUACACUUACUGGGCCUUAGUUUUAAUUGUCUAUCUGGACUCUUGAAGAGGACGUUGUUCUAACAGACUCUCGGGUUGAGUUAGACGAUACACAGACAUAAGGAUUGUUGGUGAAUAGGGUGUUGAACGUUUUCUUGACUCUAAUAGAACCAGUAAAAUCUUAUCCAGGAUCUUUCUGAAGUAAGAUUACUUUAGAUUAAUCGAGUUUUGAUAUUUAAAAGGACGUUUGAUUGCUUUGGUCUAGCUGUGGCAAACAAAGUAACUGUAGUGUAAACUAGCUACAUAUUUACUGUCACGUUUUUAUAUUUGAAGAAACGCUGAAGAAAGAAUAGCUUCCACGAUGAAUCGGGACAGAGCUAGCCCACAUACCUCCACCCUGCCAGAGUCCCCGGGUUGCAACUCUCCCGGUAGCGCCUUACUGCAGGGUCUGAAGAGGGUGUCUUCAUUGCUGAUCGACUGCAGGAAAACACCAGGGCAGAGUGGAUCUUCGAGUGGUGGACACGAGGAAAAUGGAGAUUUGAUUUCAUCAAGGGACACACCUAAACGUGGUUAUCUCGGUGGGAGGGGCUUAUCUGCUCACCUUCAACCACAUGUUGCUGACGAGGCAGAGAAGUGUCUCUCCAGAUCAGAACACUUCAAGAAACACCAGCAGAGAUGUAUAGGGAAGAAACCUCAACAUUGCUGCUCUGACUGUGGGAAGAAUUUCACUAGCCGGAGUUGCUUCAUUAUUCACCAGCGGAUUCACACCGGCGAGAGACCGUACUUCUGCUCUCAGUGUGGGAAGAGGCACAUCUCUGCAGGGCGUCUUAAAGAACACCAAAGAAUCCAUACAGGAGAGAAACCUUACAGAUGCUCACAGUGUGGGAAGAGUUUUGCUCUAUCUGGCACCUUAAAAACUCAUCUGAGAAUCCAUACAGGAGAGAAACCCUACUGCUGCUCUCAGUGUGGGAGGAGUUUUGCUGUAUCUACCGCCUUAAAAUCUCAUCUGAGAGUCCAUACAGGAGAGAAACCGUACUGCUGCUCUCAGUGUGGGAAGGGUUUUGCUGUAUCUAGUGCCUUAAAAUCGCAUUUGAUAAUUCAUACUGGCGAGAGGCCUUACCCCUGCCUUCGUUGUGGGAAAAGCUUUGUUAGUGCAGGAAACCUAACUGUACACAAGCGAAUACACACUGGAGAGAGGCCUUAUAGCUGUGAUCAGUGUGGAAAGAGCUUUGCUCUAGCUUCCGUUCUGACUUCACACCGGCGCAUACACACUGGAAAGAAACCUUAUAGCUGUGAACAGUGUGGGAAGAGCUUUGCCGUAGCUUCCUCCCUGAGUAGACACCAGCGAACACACACUGGAGAGAAACCUUAUGUUUGUCUUUGUGGAAAGAGCUUUGCUCAGUUAGGGACAAUGACAAGUCACCAGAAAACAAAAACGUGCCGUAUUUCAUCUCCAUCCUAUACGGCACCGGUUGACAGAGCUAGUCCGUCCUCCUCCACCCUGCCAGAGUCCCCUGGUCACAACUCUCCUGGUAGCUCCUUACUGCUGGGUCUGAAGAGGGUGUUUGUGCGGCUGGUCGACUGCAGGAAAACACCAGGGCAGAGUGGAACUGUGAGAGAAGGACACGAGGAGGGAGAUUUGAUUUCAUCAAGGGACUCUCCUCCUCUCAGUGGGAGGGACUUAUCAUCUGGGGAGCUUCAACUACAACAUGUUGCUGACGAGGCAGAGAAGAGUGUCUCCCAAUCAGAACACCUCAAACACCAGCACAGACAUACAGGGAAGAAAUCUCACCACAGCUGCUCUGACUGUGGGAAGAGUUUCACUACACGGAGGUCCUUCAUAAUUCACCUGCGUAUUCACACCGGAGAGAAGCCUUAUCACUGUUAUCAGUGUGGAAAGAGCUUCAAUCAGUCAGGCAACCUGACAACACACCAGGUAACACACACUGGAGAGAAGCCUUAUAGCUGUGAUCAGUGUGGGAAGAGCUUUGCUCGGUCUGGACAGCUGACUACACACCGGGUAACACACACUGGAGAGAAGCCUUAUAGCUGUGUUCAGUGUGGAAAGAGCUUUAAUCAGGCAGGCAACCUGACAGCACACCAGCUAACACAUACUGGAGAGAAGCCUUACAGCUGUGAUCAGUGUGGGAAGAGCUUCAAUCACUCAGGCAACCUGACAGCACACCAGGUAACACACACUGGAGAGAAGGCUUAUAGCUGUGAUCAAUGUGGGAAGAGGUUUGCUCACGCUUCCAACCUAACUAGACACCAGGUAACACACACAGAAGAGAAGCCUUACAGCUGUGAUCAAUGUGGGAAGAGGUUUGCUCAAGCUUCCAACCUAACUAGACAUCAGGUAACACACACAGAAGAAAAGCCUUACAGCUGUGAUCAAUGUGGGAAGAGGUUUGCUACAUAUUACACAUUCAAAUAUCAUCUGAGAAUUCAUACAGGGGAGAAGCCUUACCCCUGCCUUGAUUGUGGGAAAAACUUUGCGAGUGCAGGAUCCCUAACCAUACACCAGAGUGUACACACUGGAGAGAAGCCUUAUAGCUGUCAUCAGUGUGGGAAGAGCUUUGCUGUAGCUAACACCCUGAUUAUACACCAGCGCAUACACACUGGAGAGAAGCCUUAUAGCUGUAAUCUGUGUGGAAAGAGCUUUGCUGUGGUUUCCACCUUGAAUAAACAUCAGCGCAUACACACUGGAGAGAAGCCAUAUAGCUGUGAUCAGUGUGGGAAGAGCUUUGCUCUAUCAGAUAAACUAACUAUACACCAGCGAACACACACAGGAGAGAGGCCUUAUAGCUGUGAUCAGUGUGGAAAGAGCUUUGCUCGAGCUUCCACCCUGAAUUCACACCAGCGAACACACACUGGAGAGAAGCCUUAUAGCUGUGAUCAGUGUGGAAAGAGCUUUGCUGAGUUAGGGACCCUGAAUUCACACCAGCGAACACACACUGGAGAGAAACCCUAUGUCUGUCUAUGUGGAAAGAGUUUUUCUCUUUUAGGGCAAAUAAAAAAACACCAGAAAUCAAAAACGUGCCAUAUUUCAUCUCCAUCCUAUACCCGACAGUGGUUAUAGAUCCCUAAAUGAAAGGCUCUAUAGAAAACAUAUCCAUCUCCCAUUCUUAAACAGUUGACUUAGUCUGAUCACCAUGGUAACCUCUGUGCAGCAUAAUAUGCAGCUCUGAUCUAGGAUCAGGUCUCCCCUGUGUCUAUGUAAUAUCACACAUUGGGAUCUAAAUGGAUAAAUGUUAUCAUAGAAAAUGUCAUAUUGUGUGUGGGGGGGGGGGGGGGGUGAUGUUGAUAAUUGUAUCGUCUUUCAUAUACUCAUGAUACUAUUAUUAAAUCUCAUUAUGUAUAAUGUUUCAACAAUAGGUGUAUAUUCAUGUAUUCAAUUAAUCAAUAAAUUCAAUCCAAUAUCUUAUAAACAA